AUGGCUGCUUUCAUGCUGUGCCACCACACCAGGGACCUGUGCCUGGGCUGGAGAUGAUCACUGAGCAAAGCUAGGACUGGAAGGGAUAUGCGUGUGGUUAGGGCACACUGCUUUACCACACAGAGGCGAAUGCACUGGCUUGGCCGAAGGAAGUUGAAGCGUAUUGCGAUGCCCACGUAUCACAAGUCAGAAAAAAUUCCUGCUACAGGAGAGUAUUUAGAGAAGACAAUCCGCUCAGCCGUGGAGCAGCAUCUCUUUGAUGUUCAUGGCUCAGGCGGCCAGAGUUCAGAGGACUCUGAAUCGGGAACAUCUUCAGCCUCUUCUAAUGUGUCUGCCAGGCAGAGGAGGCGACAUGACAAAGAGCAGGAGGAAGCCCGGAGAAACAGAGACAUGGAAGUCAUCAACAAAGAAAACAUUCCGUCUGGAUUCAGCAAUCUUGAAGACUGUAUUCUAGCUGCUCAAGAAGUAGAAAAAUUGCAAGACAACAGCUCUGGAUAUCUUAGUGAAAGGAAUAAACCAAAACGGCAGAAGUCUAGCACCAGGCUUUCAGAGCUUAAAGACAACCAGGACAGUCCUGUGAGUAUGGAAAGCUUUAGCUCAUCCAGGCCUAUAGACAGAACAGGACCUGAUGACAUGGAAAUUUUAUCUGAAGAAAGCAAAGAAAGUGAAAACGAUGAGGUUUUUUUCAGAGACGCUCAGCUGCCUUCAAGUAUGAAGAUUCAAGAGCAUCCAAGCAUUCCCGAAAACAAGUUGCAAAGAAAUCAAGAUGCUGAUGAUCAGGAAAACAGCUUUGUGUCAGAAGUGCCUCGGCUGGAUUUGACAGCGCUGUGUGAUGACAACUGGGAAGAGCCCAUCCCUGCUCUUUCCUCAUGGCAGCGAGACGGCUUAGACUCAGAUGAGGCUCGCCUUUCCCCGCAGGCCGGUCGCUUAAUUCGCCAGCUUCUGGAUGAGGAUAGCGAUCCUAUGCUGUCCCCUCGCUUCUACGCCUAUGGACAGAGCCAACAGUACCUGGAUGAUACAGAAGUGCCUCCUUCCCCUCCCAAUUCUCAUUCCUUCAUGAGGAGGCGGAGUUCAUCUUUGGGAUCUUAUGAAGAUGAUAGAGAGGACCUUACGCCUGCACAACUCACCCGGAGAAUUCAGGGACUGAAGAAAAAGAUCAGGAGAUUUGAGGACAAAUUUGAAGAGGAGAGGAAAUACAGACCUUCCCACAGCGACAAAGCAGCCAAUCCUGAAGUGCUCAAAUGGACAAAUGAUUUGGCCAAAUUCCGAAAGCAACUUAAAGAGUCAAAACUGAAGAUAUCGGAGGAAGACCUUGGCCCUGUUGUGCGUCAGCGGAGCAACACGCUCCCCAAGAGCUUUGGCUCUCAGCUCGAAAAGGAUGAUGAGAAGAAGCAAGACCUGUCAGAUAAAUCUGCCAAGCCUGCUGUGGAAGCAACCCUUGAUUCUAUCCAGAAGAAGCUUCAAGAAAAACGAACAGAGACAAACCGACCUGAAGAUAUUAAGGACAUGACAAGAGAUCAGAUAGCAGCUGAAAAAGUGGCUCUUCAAAAAGCUUUGCUGUAUUAUGAAAGCAUUCAUGGCAGACCGGUUACCAAAAAUGAACGACAGGUGAUGAAGCCAUUAUAUGACAGGUAUCGCUUGGUCAAGCAGAUCCUCUCCAGAGCCAACACCAUCCCUAUCAUUGGUUCCCCCUCCAGCAAGCGGAGAAGCCCUUUGCUGCAGCCAAUUAUCGAGGGCGAAACAGCUUCCUUCUUCAAGGAGAUAAAGGAGGAAGAGGAGGGGUCCGAGGAGGACAGCAAUGUGAAGCCAGAUUUCACAAUUACCAUGAAAACAGAUUUCAACGUGCGUAGCUUCUUGGAUCAACUAGAAGAUGAUGCUGACGGCUUUGUUUCUCCGGUGGAUGAUAAGAUGCCAUCUAGGAGCAGUCAGGAUAUGGGGCUUUCAAAUCUCCAUGAAGCAUCCAUCCCUGAACUCCUAGAGCAGCUCCAAGAAGUCAGGGAAGAGAAAAAGCGAAUCAGAAAAAAAUUGAGAGACUUUGAAGAUAAUUUUUUCCGACAAAAUGGAAGGAACGUGCAGAAAGAAGACCGCACUCCUAUGGCUGAAGAAUACAAUGAGUACAAGCAGAUGAAGGCCAAGCUGAGGCUGCUGGAGGUCCUGAUCAGUAAAAGAGAUAUUAGCUCCAAGAUCAUGUAA